UCUUCUGGGAUUACAGAUAUAAACCACCACACUUUGCUCUCAAUUCAACUUUUUAUGAGAGGAAUUAAGACAUCACAGGUGUGAGUCUCAACCUUCCUUUGAGAAAUAUAUGUAUGAUCAUUUAGGAGGCAGUGACCUUUGAGGAUGUGGCUGUGAACUUCACCAAUGAUGAGUGGGCUUUGCUGGAUCCAUCCCAAAAGAAGCUCUACCGAGAUGUGAUGGGGGAAACCUUUAGGAACCUGGCUGCUAUAGGACAAGCUGGGAAUAACCAGGAAGCUGGAAAAGGAUACAAAAAUUACUGGAAAUAUCUAAGAAAUGAAGAGGUAGGAAAAUUCUGUCAAUAUAAAGCUCGGACUCAAUAUGAAGAAAUACUCCUUUGUACUCCAGAUGCUAAUGUGGAUGUGAAACAAACAGCCACACAUAGUGAUGUUCAGAUCCAUGAAACAAAUCGCAGUGGAGGGAAACCCUAUGUAUGUAAGCAUUGUGGGAAAGCUUUUACCACACAUCGAUAUUGUCAAAUACAUGAAAGCCUUCACACUGGAGAAAAACCCUAUGUAUGCAAGCAAUGUGGGAAAGCUUUCAGCAGAAAUAGUGAUUGUCAACGUCAUGCAAAAUCUCACACUGGUAAGAAACCCUAUGUAUGUAAACAAUGUGGGAAAGGUUUUACUACACGUGGAUAUUGUAAAAUACAUGAAAGAUUUCACACUGGGGAGAAACCGUAUGUAUGCAAGCAAUGUGGGAAAGCUUUUACCACAUAUCGAUAUUGUCAAAUACAUGAAAGUCUUCACACUGGAGAGAAACCCUAUGCAUGUAAGCAGUGUGAGAAAGCUUUCAGCACACGUAUGUAUUGUCAGAUGCAUGAAAGAAUUCACACUGGGGAGAAGCCCUAUGUAUGUAAGCAAUGUGGGAAAGCUUUCAGCAGAAACACUCAUUGUCGAAGUCAUGAAAAAACUCACAGUCAAGGAACAACUCACACUGGUAAGAAACCCUAUGUAUGUAGGCAGUGUAACAAAACUUUCACCACACGCAGAGCUUGUCAAGUACAUGAAAGAAUUCACACUGGGGAAAAACCCUAUGCAUGUAAGCAUUGUGGGAAAGCUUUUACCACACGUGGAUAUUGUCAAAUACAUGAAAGUCUUCACACCGGAGAGAAACCCUAUCUAUGUAAGAAAUGUGGGAAAGCUUUCAGCGCACGUGUAUAUUGUCAAAUGCAUGAAAGACUUCACAAUGAGGAGAAACACUAUGUAUGUAAGGAAUGUGGGAAAGCUUUCAACACACGCAGAUCGUGUCAACUACAUGAAAGUAUUCACACAGGGGAGAAACCCUAUGCAUGUAAGCAAUGUGGGAAAGUUUUCAGAACAACCAAUCAUUGUCGAAGUCACGAAAAAACUCACUCCGGGGAGAAACCCUAUGUAUGUAAACAAUGUGGGAAAGGCUUCAGCACACGUGGAUAUUGUAAAGUACAUGAAAGAAUUCACACUGGGGAGAAA